CCCUUUCGUUCCCGCAUCAACGUCAGUGCCUUUUUAGCAGUUGUCAGCGAAGCUUGUGUCGCUGUGUCCGAAAAUAAUAUGAGCGCGUGUUAGUUAUUUUAUCUAAAGCUUUUUGUGACAUACGGAGAUAUAGUUAAAUAGUGUACUGAUUACCCAUAUGGAUUUGAACAGUGUAUUGACGAUGGACUAAUUGAAAAAAAUAAACAAUGUUAUGGUGAUUUUAAUGAGUGUUUGUUAGUAAUAGAUUGUAAUUGAGGUAGCUAUGGCAAUGGCUAAUUUUAGCCUGUGUUUGGUUCUAAUUCUAUACCAACUCUCAGCAGUUUAUAGCAACGAAGCGUCUUCGGAAUUGUUGGAUCUUGGAUUGGCAGAUCCAAAACCAGAGGGAGAAGUGGAAGGCGUGAGAUGCUACUGUAAUACAGCGCAAUGCGUGAGCACGGGAUACAUGUGCCGCUCAAGAAAAGGUGGUGGGUGCUACAGCGAGUUACCGCCCCGAAGGCACCAUGCAAGACACGGUUGUCUCCAUCAUUUAGCUGAAAGAGAAGAAGAGGCGCUCUCCCACUGCCAGAACGCACCCUCGUCCGGCGGGCCACCCCCUCGGGAACAUUCCCUGCUACUCUGCUGCUUCCGAGAUCUCUGCAACCAUGAAGACAGCCCAAUUGCCCGGGCAAGACUCAACCUUACUGCCAAUGACUUAGAAGGCAGUGCAGUGGCCAGCGAGCGAGGCGCCAGCUACAACGGCGAGGUGUGGUUCAAAGCGGCGACCAUCGCCGUGCCGGUGUGCGGCGCUCUUAUCUUAUUCCUCCUGGUGGCUGUCGCUGUUCGACUGCUAAGAGCUGACGCGUUGUUACACGCUGACAGGAAACUGAGAGGGGGCUACAUAACACCACCGCAGCACAGCACGGACGAUGUAAAGAAAGUAUGGGUGGGGAACUCAGCCCCCCUCCUAGUGGCUCCCGGGGGGUGCCUGGUCGCGGUGGAGCGGGCGCAACUAGUCGACAUGCCCGCGCCGCUCUGUGAUAUACAACGAUAGACUGUACUAUGUAAUCUCUGCCCGCUGAACCGUGCGCUGACGGCGAGACUUGAUGUGUGCGUGACGCUAUAAUGGUUGUAGGAUUUGACGAUAGAUGGCGCGAUUCUAAAAAUGUUUGGUCUUUUGAGAGCUUGCAAGCAUUUUAGCUGUGUCUUAUUGUUCUAUCUUGAUUGAUGUAACUUCGUAGUAAUUCUUGCUAUUAUUACGGAAUAAUAGAUUUGUAUGAAAGAUUUUAAAUGUAAGCUGAAACAUAAAUUUGUAUUAAAAUGAAUCUUCUUAAUGAUCUCACCAACAAACGUCACUUCACGGGGCAGCUGGCUUGUAUACCAAAUCUACCAUAUGUAUAUUUAAUGUUUUGUUAUUUUUAUAAGCUUCGUGUUCCUUUAUUGUAAAUGUAAUCGACUAUUUUGAGACGGUUUUUCGGUAAAUGCUUUGUUGCCACGAUUUUUUAGUCGUUCAUAUCUGACAAUAAUGAUAUGUUGAAAGUACACGAACCUGUCAAUUAUGAGGCUGAACAAUGUUUAUCAAUCCAAAUUUUAAUAUUUUCUUACAAAAUUAUACAAGAGCAAUAUUUUGAUAUAACAUAUACUCAAUGAAUAACCUUAGGGCCACGUUUAUACGGUCUUUAAACCGAUAAACCUGUUCAAAUAAAAUUUUAAAACUUUAUUAUUAUUAUCAUACUGGUGUAGGGAGUAAUUCCCGUUUAAGAAAUGAACAGCUAUGUCCACCUGACUCAUUCUUUUGCAGCGUUUUGUAUCACUCAAGCUAAGUAUUGCCAAUCCAAAAAAAUCGACUAUCGACUGGCAUAGAAGCGUCGUUCUAUUAAUACAAAGCUUUUAGUAAUAAACAGGAUAUUUGAAACAAAAUAAUAGAACAUUGACCAAUUAAUUGUACAUAAUAUUUUUGUUAGUUGUUACCUGUUACAUAAUUCUAUAAGCCGUCAACAUUUUGCUAGUCUCGUAAUCUUUUUAUCAGCGUAUUUUAUUCGUAUAACAAAUAUCACAAUAUUAAAAUCAAUUAAUAAUGGACUCCGUCGCCAAAUUGUAAAUUUAUGUGUAAAUAUGAUAAUUUAGUUUAGUUCUUUGGCAAUAAUGUGCACCAAUUUAUUAUAGAUCUUAACACAAUGGUUUAUGCGUGAAAUAAAGAUAUAUUUUAUGACUCCUUUACGUUCAUUUUUAGUCCAAUCCGUUACAUGAUAAUGAAUUUACGAUAAAUAUUUAUGGUGUAAUACUGUUAUAAGGAUGAUUUAAUCAUGAAACAAUUGAAGGAAUAAUGUACGGUUGUGGAUUAAAAAUGGAUUAAGUAUUAAAAUAUUACCUGGCAAAUACCUUGAACGUUUUUCAUGAAUGUCUGGUAAAAAGUAAUUUUGAUUUUGACUUUAAGAAAUCAUGGACCAAUAGUGUUACAAAAACGAUGACAUUGACAGAACAAUGACAAAUACCGCUCGCUUAUUGGCUCCCGAAAUGUUGUACGUUAAUAUACCAACGUUCGAGUUAUUCGCCUGAAACUAAACAAUUUACAAUUAUAAAUCAAUUUUUAGAUGAUUUCUGAAAAGUGAAACACGUGAUAAUAUUCUGUAACUAACUCUUAAGAACUUAUAAUAGGACACGAUAUAUUAGUGUUAUUUAAUUUACGUAGCGUUGCGCUGACCAGUGUUAUAGAUUAAGGUUGACAUAAGCUUCCCUGAGGUGCCUUAUUAAAUAAUAAUAGGUGCGUACGUAAAUACUCUUAUAAUAAUGAAU